UUCUCACUGCUCGGCGCUUUUGCCACUUAGGCUAAUGGAAAUUGGUGACCCGGUUUGAGGGGAGAUCAGAGCCUGGGAUAAGGUGGCCCAGAAGGAUGUGCCGCCAAACAGUCCACGAUGAGUGGCCGCCUUGGUCGGAUCCUGCAGUUCCACCUGCGGCUCUUCCAGUGGCUCGGCUUCCAUGGACUGCCCCUUCCGGGGGAUGCGAAUCCGACCAGGAUGAGGAGGCGUCUGAAGGCCUGGAGCCUGUUCCUGCUCAUCGCGCUGAGUGCCCUGAUUGCACUGUGCCUGGCCAGCGGCGAGGAUUGGCCAUUCCUGUUUCGCGGCGACAUUUUCGGCUGCGUGAACGAUGCCCUAAAAUACGUAUUCGCCGAGUUGGCCAUGGUGGCCAUCUAUCUGGAGGCACUCAGCUGCCAGCGGCCCUUGGCCAACUUCUGGUGGCUCCACUACAAUGUGGGUGGUGGUGCGAUCAGUCUGAGGAAGGAGCUGCAUCAGUAUGGUCGCUUUCUGAUCACCCUGUAUUCGCUGAUGCUGACCGAACUGGUGUUCCAUUUGGGAUUGUGGCAGGUGCAGCCACUGAGUCGCCACAUGCUGCUGUUCUGGAGCAGCUACGAGCCGUUCGUGUGCCUCACCUACAUGCGGAAUGUGCAGUUUGUGCUGCACUUGGAGCUGCUCAGGGAGCAGCUGGCCGCACUGCAGCGGGAAUUGGGUCUGCUGGCGGAGUACUCUCGAUUUGCCAGCGAAACGGGGCGCAGUUUCCCCGGCUUCGAGGUUUUUCUGCGCCGCAGACUGCUGCAGAAGCAGCGAUUAUAUUGCGACAUAUACGACAUGUUCAAAUGUUUCCAGAACGCCUUCAAGUUCUCCAUCCUCGCAGUGCUGCUUACCAUCAACAUCCGCAUCGCCGUCGACUGCUACUUCAUGUACUACAGCAUCUACAAAAAUGUGGCCAAUAUUGAUUACUAUUUAAUCUUGCCCGCCCUGAUGGAGAUUCCCGCUUUUAUCUACGCCUCGCAGAGCUGCAUGGUGAUUGUGCCGCGGAUUGCCCACCAGCUGCAUAAUAUAGUCACAGAUUCCGUCUGCUGCAGCUGUCCCGAUCUCUCGCUGCAGAUUCAAAACUUUUCACUGCAACUUCUGCACCAGCCGGUGCGAAUCGAUUGCCUGGGCCUAACCACCUUGGAUUGCAGUCUGCUUACGCGGAUUGCCUGUUCGGUGGGCACCUACAUGAUCUACACCAUCCAAUUUAUGCCAAAAUUCGGCACUCACUAUAUCUAG